AUGGAACAACCUAGAGGAAUUCUUCGGAAUAAAGCCGAUACUUCUCCGUUGCAAGUACAUGAAGUUGGAGAUCAUUUAGAUCGUCAAGAAGUGAUUAGGAACACCCAAUUGAAUGCUCAUUUAGUAAGUGAAAGCCAACUGAAAGGAGAUCAAAUCCGAGCCAAGAUUGCAGCUCGGAAGAAGUCAUUUGGAAGUGCUGAAAAUUCAGGCUAUGAAUCAGAACAAUCUGACAACCAACAACCAAAGGGAUCAGAUGAUCAUUUGAAAUGGGAUGAAAUCAACUUGUACCAAACGGAACAAGAGAAAGCUGCUACCAUGAAGAUCGAUGAGCCUAAAACUCCCUAUGAAGGUGGGUUCAAUCCUGAGGGUGAAUAUUAUCGUGAUGAUGAAGAUGAAGCUGGAGGAGCCCUGGCAAAGGGAGGGUUGGAAGAUAUUCCUGCUUUUGAAUUGGGAGAUUCAGAAUUCGACAAGAAUGACACAGAACGUUAUGAAUCAUUGAAUGGAGGAGAAGUCAUCCGCUCACCCGAACUCGAAGAGCAACAACAGCAACAGCAGCAAGAGUCAGAGGAAAGGCAAUUGACAGCUGAAGAAAGACAUCAACUCUUUGAAGCCAAACGGAAAGCACAUUAUCAUUUGAAGGCCUUACCUUUGAAACAUAAGAUACUGGUACCUGAUGAAGAAGAGGGGACGUAA